AGUGUUUGUUCUAUGAUAAAAAAAAGUGUCACUCUCACUACUGUUUUGCUAAUCUUCAACAGAAACUUUCACUGAUUGAGCUUCAUCCUUGUUGCUGUAACAAAAAAUGGAAUUCAAGCCAACAGAAAUCAGCAUUUCCAAGAUGUUUGGAGGUUACAACAAGAGAUACAAACACUAUAGCCCAACUCUUGGAUGUUCUAUGAAUUUCCAUAUCUUUUUUCCUCCUUCUUCUUCCCCUUCUCUCAAAUUCCCUGUGCUUUACUGGCUCUCCGGCUUAACGUGCACGGAUGAGAACUUUAUAGCUAAAUCUGGUGCUCAACGUGCUGCUUCUAGUGAGGGCGUGGCAUUGAUUGUCCCAGAUACAUCUCCAAGAGGCCUAAAUGUGGAAGGAGAGUCAGACAGCUGGGAUUUUGGAGUAGGUGCUGGUUUCUAUCUAAAUGCAACACAAGAGAAAUGGAAGAACUGGAAGAUGUAUGACUAUGUGGUCAAAGAAUUGCCGACACUUCUUCAUGAAAACUUUCCUGAACUUGAUACAUCGCGAGCAUCUAUCUUUGGUCACUCUAUGGGUGGGCAUGGAGCACUGACAAUCUACCUGAAAAACCUGGAUAAGUAUAAGUCAGUAUCAGCCUUUGCUCCUAUUGCAAAUCCCGUUAACUGUCCCUGGGGCCUGAAGGCUUUUACAAACUACUUGGGUGAAAAUAAAGCUGAUUGGGAGGAAUAUGACGCCACUUGCCUUGUAUCAAAAUAUAAUGAUGUCUCUGCUACCAUUCUUAUUGAUCAGGGGGAGGACGACAAAUUCUAUAAAGAUCAACUGCUCCCACAGAAGUUUGAAGAGGCAUGUAAAAAGGUUAAUGUUCCUCUACUGCUGCGGCUGCAACCCGGUUAUGACCACUCUUACUUCUUCAUUGCCACCUUCAUUGAUGAUCACAUUCGUCAUCAUGCCCAAGCCCUUAACCUUUGAGUUAAGCUUCCAUUUCUGUUGAAGCUUUUCUGGAGACUUGACGAGGGCGAUGACUUAAGCAAGUUAGUGUUGCACUUUUGGUUUGGCAGAAAAUAUGUUGAGGAACUUAAUGAGACUUGUAAUAUGAAAUAAAAGUGUGUUUUCCUAUCACAUUAUGUAUGCCUUUCUUGUUACUCUUGUUAUAAACUUUGGGGCUUCUUGCUUUGCUACUUAUGUAAAUCCAUUUUGAUCAGUACUAACUAUCUAUAUUUAUCUAUCUUCUAUA